CUUGAACGCUACGCAGCGGCGGUGAGACGGAACACAGCAGCGAUCACUUCUCAGCAGGCACGGAAAACAUCACGUUCACCCACAGCAGCACGCUUCUCCACCCAAUCCUCCACUCCAGCCCAACAAGAUUUCUCCCCAGGUAGCGGACAGAGGUGGCAGAGGUUCUGUGAUCAAAACCACAAACCUUCCUGCUGGACGUUAAACACCCUAACCAGCCUCAUAGACUGCCACAAAGAGCGAUGUCGGUACAGAGGAAAGGAGCCGCGGCCCAUCUGCCUAAAUGUGCCUUUUGCAGAACCAACCGUGAAAAGGAGUGUGGACAGCUACUGCUGUCAGACAACCAGAAGGUGGCAGCUCACCACAAGUGUAUGCUUUUCUCCUCAGCACUUGUUAGUUCACACUUAGAGAGUGAUAACCUUGGAGGAUUCUCCAUCGAAGAUGUGAAGAAAGAGAUCAAAAGAGGAAGCAAACUGAUGUGCUCCUCGUGUCAUCGACCCGGGGCAACAAUCGGCUGCGAUGUGAGGACAUGCCGGAGGACAUAUCAUUACUACUGCGCGCUGAAAGACCGCGCGCAGAUCAAAGAGAAUCCCUCGCAAGGGAUCUUUCUUGUUUAUUGUCGCAAACACAGAGAUGCCUCCCGGGAUGGUCCUGAAGACGAAGAGGAGGACGUGGCCAAUGAGUCAGACUCGUCCCCUCCCCAAAGUAAGGGCCGUGGAAGGUUUGAGAAGGGCAGAAACAAGCUGGGGUCUCACGGCCAGUCAGAAGAUGGAUGCUCUACCUCCUCCCAAGGUGCAGACGAGGAGCGGUCGUCACAUCGAGACCGGUCACCACUGAGGGCUAGCCCUGGAGAAAGCGGGCAGCGCUGUGGAUUCUGCCACGCAGGGGAUGAGGAGAACCAAACCAGGGGUGUGCUCCACACUGAUAAUGCAAAGAAGGUGGCAGCACACUACAGGUGUAUGCUGUUUUCAUCUGGGACCGUUCAGCUAACCACUACUUCACGCGCCGAGUUUGGAAAUUUCGAUGUCAAAACGGUCCUCCAGGAAAUUAAGAGAGGGAAAAGAAUGAAAUGUACGCUCUGCAGUCAGUUAGGCGCAACGAUCGGGUGUGAGAUCAAGGCAUGUGCGAAGACCUACCAUUAUCACUGCGGCCUGCAGGAUAAAGCCAAAUAUAUUGAAAAUAUGGCCCGUGGCAUCUACAAACUAUACUGCAAGAAUCACAGUGGCAACGAGGAAAGAGAUGAGGAAGACGAGGAGAGAGAGAAUCGCAGUCGAGAGCGUGCUGCAAAUGACCGUGCAGCAUCACUAACUGAGUCGCAACUAAACGGACACUAGGGUUAAAGAAGCGGUUCACAUAUUUAGGGCAGAAGAAGAGUUCAAAGAUGGGGCAAAAAAUUAUCUAUUUUUAAUUACUGAAUCUUGGCCAACAGAAAGUCCCCCAAAGAUUCUUCCAGGGGACGGACAUGUCAUGAGGAUAUGCAGCAGUUGUCUUCAUGAGACCUUCGUCAAGUUAAACAAUUUUCCUGCCCAUGGAUCGCCCCAUCAUUCCUUCUCUUGUAGUCUCGGUUUUGGGCAAAGUAAAGGCAUAUGUAAUUUUACCACAAAAUGAUAUUUGUUUGGACGGGUCUUUUGAUUGCCAUAUAUCCUGCCUAUUUGCCCCAUUGUUUACAUUUAACUUGCCUAGACAGACAUAUUCUUCCUAUAGCCUCGCUUCUGAUGGAUUCGCGUUUAAGAGGGUUGUACUUCUUAUUUUCUAUAUAUGAAGACGUGCGAUUUGAUUGAUCGUGUCUUAUGGUCUGGAAGCCCUUCUUUCUUUGUAUGUAACAUUUUGCUACUGUAUCAUCACCGUGAAUGAUUUCGAAUAUUUGAACUCAUACAGUCACAAUUAAAGUUUUUUGCCAGCAUGCACUUGUAUCUCUCCACUAUUAACUAUGGUAUUUUUUAUGUUUCUUUUUAA